UGGGUCACUGGCUGGGGCGCGGUCCAGGAGGGAGUACCCCUUCCCUUCCCUGAAACUCUGCAAGAAGUGGAGGUGCCAGUUCUGGGGAACAGACAGUGUAACUGUCUCAAUGGAGUCGGCACAGUCACAGACAACAUGAUCUGUGCUGGUGUUCUGGCAGGAGGCAAAGACUCAUGUCAGGGUGACUCAGGAGGUCCGAUGGUGAACAAGCAGGGCCCCGUCUGGAUCCAGUCUGGAAUAGUUAGUUUUGGGUUUGGCUGUGCUCGGCCCAAUCUGCCGGGAGUGUACGCCAGAGUGUCCAGAUACCAGUCCUGGAUCGACUCCCACAUCAGCUCUGACAAGCCAGGCUUUGUCCGCUUCACCUCCAGUGGGCUGGAUGCUGACAGCAGCUACACCUGUCCUGGUCUGCCAGCUCCUGCUGUUACUCUUCCUGCUACUGCAGGACCAGAUGUUACAGCCACAGAGCCAGUAUCCGAAACCACAGUUCAUGCAUAUACCACACCCAGUGCUGAAU